CUCUGCGCGCCUGGUGCAAGCCCAGAGCUCUACUCCACGACUGCGCUCCCCUCACGGUUCCGCGCUAGAAGUUUAGACCUUAAACUUCACCCUUGGAGAAAGAUCAAGUCUCAGAGGGAAGCGGGACAACAGACCAUGCAUCUAGAGAAGGAAGGCAGCAGGCUGCCCGUGCGCGCGCUGGAAGUGGAGCUCCUUCAGACGUCCACGACCCCGCCCGCCGGCCCGGGACUCACCGCCAGCGCCCGCGGGCUGCAGCCAGGAGGCAGCGGGUCAGGCCCGGCUGCGCAGAGCUGCUGGGCGCCUGCGGACCAGGAUUUAGGUUCCUUCCUCACAGAGCGGAGGUCUCAUGCGCCUUUAACCCGGCUCUUCAGCUCCAGGUGCCAAGAACCCUGCGUGACAGAAAAUACCCCCCUGCUGAGGAAUGCCUCACAGGAGAAAGGGGUGCAGAGCCUGCGCAUUUACCACCCGGAGUUCAUCACCGCUGAGGAGUCUUGGGACAACAGCUCGGCCGAGUGGGAGGGACGGUCGCUGCUGGGCAGUGAGGCAGCUGGUUCCUCCCGAUCUGCCUCCUCGGACAAGGGGGACCUUCUGGAGGGUGUUCACACCAGGCUCCGCCUUUCGAAGCUGAGGCGCUGUGCGCGGUGGCUGAAGGUCACGGGCCUGUUUGCCUUCGUGGUGAUGUGCUCCGUUGCGUUUAGCCUGUAUCCAGAUCAAGGGAAGUUCUGGCAGCUGCUGGCUGUGUCGCCGCAGGAAAGCUACUCUGUGAACCUCAGCGGCCGAGCUGACUCCACGCUGCUCCAGGUGGACCUGGCAGGGGCCCUGGUGGCCAGCGGCCCGAGUCGUCCAGGGAGAGAAGAGCAUGUCGUGGUGGAGGUAACCCAGGCCGAUACUCCAGGCUCCCGGCGGCGGCCACAGCAGGUCACUCAUAACUGGACGGUAUUUUUAAGCCCCCGGCGGAGCGAGCGCCUGGUGGUCAGCAGGACCUUUGAGGUUCCGAGCAGAGGGGGCGUUUCCAUCAGCAUCCGCGCCGAGCUCCAGGGGACCCCGGUGGUCCCGCUGCUGGUGGCGCACCAGCACCUCCGCGCCAGCGUGGAGGCCCAAGUGACCGUCGCCGCCAUCAUCCUCGCUGGCGUCUACGUGCUCAUUAUAUUCGAGAUCGUUCACAGGACUCUGGCAGCCAUGUUGGGAUCCCUGGCUGCCUUGGCGGCCCUGGCCGUGACCGGUGACAGACCUAGCCUGACCCGCGUGGUGGAGUGGAUUGAUUUUGAGACCCUGGCGCUGCUCUUCGGCAUGAUGAUCCUAGUGGCCGUGUUUUCCGAAACGGGCUUUUUUGAUUACUGUGCUGUAAAGGCCUACCGACUGUCCCGGGGACGAGUGUGGGCCAUGAUCUUCAUGCUCUGCCUCAUUGCCGCCAUCCUGUCCGCCUUCCUGGACAACGUCACCACCAUGCUCCUCUUCACUCCCGUGACCAUAAGAUUAUGUGAGGUGCUCAACCUUGACCCAAGACAAGUCCUGAUUGCAGAGGUGAUUUUCACGAACAUUGGAGGAGCUGCCACCGCCAUUGGGGACCCGCCGAAUGUCAUCAUCGUUUCCAACCAGGAGCUGAGGAAGAUGGGUGUGGACUUCGCGGGAUUCACCGCACACAUGUUCGUUGGGAUCUGCUUUGUUCUCUUGUUCGCCUUCCCACUCCUCAGGCUCCUGCUCUGGAAGAAGAAGCUGUACAACAAGGAACCCAGUGAGAUUGUUGAGCUGAAGCACGAAAUUCACGUGUGGCGCUUGACCGCACAGCGCAUCAGCCCGGCCAGCCGAGAGGAGACGGCCGUGCAGGGCCUGCUUUUGAGGAAGGUGCUGGCGCUGGAGCAGCUGCUGGCCCGGAGGCUGCACAACUUCCACAGACAAAUCUCACAGGAAGAUAAGAAUUGGGAGACCAAUAUCCAGGAGCUGCAGAAAAAGCACAGGAUAUCGGACAGGAUCCUGCUGGCCAAGUGCCUGGUGGUGCUGGGCGUCGUCAUCCUCAUGUUCUUCCUCAACUCCUUCGUCCCCGGGGUCCAUCUUGACUUAGGGUGGAUCGCUAUUCUGGGUGCCCUCUGGUUGCUGAUUUUAGCUGAUAUCCACGAUUUCGAGAUCAUUCUGCACCGAGUGGAGUGGGCAACGCUUCUGUUCUUUGCAGCGCUCUUUGUUCUGAUGGAGGCGCUGGCCCACCUGCACUUAGUGGAGUAUGUGGGCGAGCAGACCACUCUGCUGAUAAAGAUGGUCCCGGAGGACCGGCGCCUCGCAGCCGCCAUCGUGCUGGUGGUGUGGGUCUCCGCGCUCGCGUCUUCGCUGAUGGACAACAUCCCGUUCACGGCCACAAUGGUCCCGGUGCUCCUGAACCUGGGUCGGGACCCCGAAGUCAGCCUGCCCACUCCGCCGCUCAUGUACGCGCUGGCCUUUGGCACCUGCCUGGGAGGUAAGGGGUGCUGGUGCCAGAGGGGGGCGCGCCGCGCUGCGAGGCGCAGUGACGCCCGGGGCGUGCCCACGCCAGGGCGGCGAGGGUGGUCAUGUCGGGCGGCUUCCUGA